AGGUGGCAUAUACUUCAAGUCAUCGGUCCCGUUCGUCUACCUGCGUGAACUAUUCGAGCCCAUGUUCUACAGUUCACAUCUAGCCAGUGGAGUAAGUGAUAGCGGAGCCAGCGCGGCCGCAGGCCGCGUGCGGAGCUCCACAGGUAUAGAAAUAUGGUAAGCUAUGCAACCAUUUGCAUUGGUAAUGUACUCCCUGGGGAUUAUGAUAAUAAGCUAUAUAAUGGAACACAACUGGACCACACCCUGUCAGUUCACUUGAGGGCCACCAGUAAUAGUCACGUUUGACGCAGCUCUGUUUUCAACCCGACUAAAUCUCUCAAUGGCGGACGAGCAGGUUGCUCGACCUGUAGCAGCACAAGUUAUUGCUGACCAACUAAUAGUUCCAGCAGCAGCCGUAGGAGUUCAACCGGCGAUAGCAGUACCAGUAGUUCAACCGGCCGUAGGAGUUCAACCGGCGAUAGCAGUACCAGUAGUUCAACCGGCAGUAGGAGUUCAACCGGCGAUAGCAGUACCAGUAGUUCAACCGGCCGUAGGAGUUCAACCGGCGGCACAUGGCGUGCAGAAUGAGAAUGAGAACAACAUGGCAGACGUUUUUCAGAGGUUGUCCAAAUUGGAGGACACCCAAAAGGCUACGGUUGAAACAGCAAUGGCGGAGGUGCGACAUUACUGAAGAACCCCCUCUUUCUUCAAAGACCAAGCCAUUGACCUCCUGAUCAACCUAAAGAUUGUGGCCAAAGAGUCAAAACAUGAUAAAGACCAAGCCAUUGACCUCCUGAUCAACCUAAAGAUUGUGGCCAAAGAGUCAAAACAUGAUAAAGCUGGUUUCUAUGCGGCAGUUCUCCAUGCCAUGCAGGAAAAGAUCUGGGCCACUGUCCCAAAGUUUAAAAAAUAUCUGGAAUCCUUACUAGGUGAUAAAGAUAAUGAGACAGUCCUGAAAUGCUUGGCUUCUGUGGAUAAGGCAAUGCGCCUGAAACCUCGCUCCACGUUCCAGGGUGGUAAUCGAUCUCAAUUUAGAGGCAGGGGAAGGGGUAACAGGGCUAACAUUCAAUGUUACUCCUGUAGCGAAUUGCGGCAUCACCAACGUUUUUGCCCGCUCAAGCGGUGGGACCUGCCUUUUGUCUAAAAGGGGAAGAUUUUCUGGCGGAGCUCCCCACCCCCCAUCAAAGACAUUGAGAACCUCGUCAUAUCAACUGGAGAAUCGAUUGGUUAAAGAUGGAAUGGACUUGGCAAUGCUAUUUUUGUAUUCUGAUGAUAUAGCAAUGUAAUAUUAAGAAUUUAUUUGGUUAAUGUAUUUAUAUGUAGCUGUGUAUGCUACGCGAUGUGGUCAGUUCCAGCAGCCGUCAAGUACCAGGACACCGAUAAAGUUUGGAGGUAUAUUCGUUGAAAGGACUUUAAAUAACAUAUUUACGCUCAAUGGACUAUAUUUAUUUUUCCCUAUUUCAACUUGUUUUUUUUUGUUUUCAAAGACUGAUGAACAUUAUUAGUAUAAGGCUGAUCAGUAUAAGGCUUAUCAAAGCAAUCAGAUCUUUACAACCGUCCACUUCAUUAAAAGACCCCCUUCGACAUUGACUACUGGCAAAUAUCAGAAUCACUUUUAAAUGAGGUUAGAGAGUCUAAAAUUAUUGAUGCCGCAUCUCCGGAUCAUUCUGCUAUUUGUUUGAGUCUCGGAAGGGACCCCGCAAAGAAACGAGGCCCUGGAUUUUGUUAGUUUAACAACGCGUUGUUAAAAGAUGAAUCCUUUGUUGAAAGAUGAGAGUGAAGUUCGGUGUAAAAAAAAAAAAACCGGGAUCUUUUAUAUGAUAAAGGACUACAGCGGGAAAUGAUCUUUAUGUAUACAGUACAGCAAACGCAAAAGGAAAGACUGCAGAAACAAAGAGUUAGAUCUCGUAAGAAACGUAAAUAGUUUACAAAGAAUAGCUGAACAAGCUCCAACACAAGAAAACACCUCUAAAUAUUAUGCUCAGAAACAAAAAUUAGAUAAUAUCUUAGAAGAGAAAACAAGAGGAUGUAUCAUACGCAGUAAAAGUCGUUUGUAUGAAGAGGGGGGAAAAAACCUCGAAAUAUUUUUUAAACUUAGAAAAGAAAAACUACACUAGUAAAUGGAUACAACUUGCCAUACAAUUUGGAUAUCUUUCACACCAAUGAGAAUUUAAGAAAACUAGAGAGACUACAGGCCGAGAGCUGCGAAGAUUUACUUUCUCCGGAAGAAUGUCUUGAAGUUUUGAAAAACGCCCAAAAUAAUAAAACACCUGGGUCUGAUGGCUUGUCGUAUAAAUUUUACCGAUUUUUUUUGGGAUCAAAUUAAUUCUCCCCUUGUGGAAAGUUUUAAUCAUGCAAAAUGUCCGUCGAACAGAGAAGAGGCGUCAUAUCUCUCAUUCCAAAAAAAAAAAAUAAGAACAAGAAAAAAUUAGAGAAUUGGCGACCGGUAACACUAUUAAGCACCGAUAAAAUAUAAAAUAGCGACCACUGCUAUAGCACAAAGAAUAAAAAAGGUGCUCCCUGCUAUUAUUCGACCAAACCAAACGUGUUAUAUUGAAGGCAGAUUUCUGGGCGAAAAUAUUCGAUUAAUCAAUGAUAUCCUUUAUUAUACUGAUCAACAUAGGCUUUCAGGAAUUACGCUUUUUCCCGAUUUUAAAAAAAGCAUUCGAUAGCGUCUAAUGGUCAUUUUUGCGCAAAGCUUUAGAGGCGAUGAACUUUGGCCCUGAUGUUGUUGAGUGGUUUUCGGUAUUUUACAACCAGACAUCAAGUUGUAUUAUAAAUAAUGGGAUUGUGUCCUAGUUUUUUUCUGUACAAAGGGGUGUCAGACAAGGUUGCCCGCUAUCAGGAAUUCUUUUUGCAGUAGCCAUCGAGCUACUUGUUUGCGCAAUACAGCACGACCCUAAUAUUAAAGGAAUUAAUGCCAACAAAAAUGAGAUUAAAUAUUCUAUAUACGCAGACGAUUUGACUGUCUUUUAAAAAGACGCAUGCUCCGGCGAGAAAUUAUUCGAACUGUUGAAUAAGUUUAAACGUGUGUCCGGUUUAGAGAUUAAUAAAUCCAAAACUGACGCACUAUUGCUUGGUCGCGAUAAAGAGAAGCGCGAGACUCCACUUUGAAGAGAGGAAAGCUACUCUAAAGAAAGGAGAAGCUGUAGUCCUAGUUCGUUUUUCAGGGAACUAUUCUUGCAAACAACAAGAUGAAAUACAAUCAGCACACUGGAACCCAGAGCAAACACUUUAUUCACAUUUGCUGUAUGGAUAAAAAAUAAGUCCGAGAAUACUAUCUGUGAGUCACACGUUAUUGUGUCAGAUAAAGUGGAGCACAGCAAGACAGCGUGACAGUGUUUAUGUCUUUAGUCAUCAAUCGAUUUGUCAAACAAAGGAACCCUGAAAUCACAAAAGCAUUCAUAUUCUCUGAUGGGCCAAGCUCACAAUUUAAGAAUAAAUACAUCGUGAGUAUUCAUAUUAAAUGGCUGUCACCCUCUUAGAGAAGAGAAAUUAGAGACUUGUCUUCUGAGCUUAGGCUAAUGCAAUGUUUCAGUGAAGCUGUUGCUCUUCCACGAACUUCAAGGUUUCACUGUACUGAGCCUAAAAGUAAUGGAUAUGUACACAGAAAAUUGCACUCAAGCCAGAAAUUGGUUGAGAAUGAAAUGAGCCCACAUGUUUUCUUUUGACUCGGUGGACUCGGACUACUCUACUGAUAUCGAGGACAGCUGCAUCAACAUGGAGAAUGCCGACACUACCCCCUUUACUGUCUUCUUUACUAAGAAUGGAGAUGACGAUCUUGAAGAUGAUGUAAUCAUUUAAGAUAAUAUUAGCAAUGAAUUUUCCAAGGAAGUCUAUCUUUCAAAAGUUCAGAGCCUGGAUACAAACGUCGUAAAUAUGGAAGUGGAUUCUUUGAACUUCUGUCUUACAAAGUUUGUACAAGAGGUGGCAAAGGCGGACGGAACAAGAUACCCACCGAGGAGCCUCUACUCACUGAUAACAGGAAUUCAGCGCCAUUUACAGAAAUGUGGAAUAAAAAGUAUACAUUAUUUUCCAUGUUUCAUUUUUUCUUUUUUUUUUCUUCUUAGGUUGAAGAUGUUCCGGCGCAAACUAGAUGCUGAGAUGAAACUGGCCAGCAAAGACGGCUUAGCAACGGCUUCGAAAAAAGAAGAAAGGGGCGAAAUUUCGGUGGAAGAUAAAGCUGCCUUGUGGGAAAAAGGACUUUUGGGCUGCCAAACAGCUAAGUCUCUAUUGAACACAAUAUAUUUCUAUAAUGGAUUUCGAGACGGUGUCUUAUGACGAAAGCGUGUCCAAAACUUACCCUGGCGGUUUAAAGGAUCUAAAGUAUAAACCACGAGUGGUAUAGCAUGAUUCGCUUCAGGCAAAGAAGCGAAUCAUCCGUGCAUUGUAAAUUGCUAUGAAAUGUAUUUAGAGAAAACGAAAGAGCUCGCUUAGAAAGUAGACUCCUUCUAUUUCAAACCAAAAUCCAGAAGUAUUUACUUAUUUUCAGAUGCCUAAAGGGAUCAAUUCUUUAAAUCAAGUGCUUCCAGGCCUGUGCCUUGCGGCAGGUAUGCCACACAAUACAUCUCACUGUUUGCGAAUUACUUGUGCGUCACGUCUUUUCCAAAAUAACGUCGAGGAAAAGUUGAUACGCGAAAGAACAGGACAUCGCUCAAACGUCUUGUUAGCCUACGAGCGUCCUAGUGUCGCAAAACAAAUGCCGCCAGCAAUUUGUUUGGUCCGCCAUCAUUGAGCCCUGCUACUUCGACUACUACCUCCGCAUCUAAUGUAAAACAGGCAACAAAGCUUUUUAAAGAAGAAAUCGAUUUUUAUUUUGAUGCCACGAACGAACAAAUGUCGAAAGUGUCGAAAAAAUUGGGGUAAUAUAGAUAUUCAACCUUAUGCAAAUGAACAUGCAACAUUAUAUAAAGCUUCAUUACGUCAUGAGGGUUUUAUAUAAU